GGAGCGGCUGGACACCUGGAUCUGCUCCCUCCUGGGCUCCCUGCUGGUGGGACUCAGCGGGGUCUUCCCGCUGCUGGUCAUCCCCCUGGAGAUGGGAGCCACCCUGCGCUCAGAAGGCGCCAUUGUGACAGUUGAAGGAGCGCAUGUCCGUAAGGCAGCCUGGUGCAGGGAGAAGGCAGUGUGAGGGACCCGUGCUGGGUGGGCCUUGGCCAGCGAAGCACUGCCUCUCCCUUCAGCCUCUGCUCGUCAUGCAGAAGAGCCCUCCGACCCGGAGCCCCUGGGCCAGCCUUCCCCCGGAGCAGGAGGGAGCGGGGGCCCGGCGCCUGAAGCAGCUGCUCAGCUUCGCGCUGGGCGGCCUCUUGGGCAACGUGUUCCUCCACCUGCUGCCCGAGGCCUGGGCCUACACGUGCAGCUCCAGCCUCGGUGGUGAGAGGCAGAGCCUGCAGCAGCAGCAACAGCUGGGGCUGUGGGUCAUCGCCGGCUUCCUGACCUUCCUGGCUUUGGAAAAGACGUUCCUGGACAGCAAGGAGCAGGAGGGGACCAGCCAGGCCCCCCGCAAAGACCCUGCUGCUGCCGCCGCUGCCGUGCUCGGUGGAGGCCGCUACGUGGCCCAGCCGGCUGCAGAGCCCGGCCUGAGCGCCGUGGUCCAGAGCAUCAGAGUCCGUGGCUAUCUCAACCUGCUGGCCAACACCAUCGACAACUUCACUCACGGGCUGGCUGUGGCCGCCAGCUUCCUGGUGAGCAAGAAGGUCUCCAGCCCAUCACUUCUUGCUCCCUGCAUCAGCAACACCCUCCUCCGAGCCCCAGUCCUCCCUGUCGCUCUCCUGGACGUGGUCUUUUGUCCCGAGACACUGAUCGGGCUCCUGACCACCAUGGCCAUCCUCCUGCAUGAGAUCCCCCAUGAGGUGGGCGACUUCGCCAUCCUGCUGCGGGCCGGCUUUGACCGAUGGAGCGCAGCCAAGCUCCAGCUGUCCACGGCGCUGGGGGGCCUGCUGGGCGCCUGCUUCGCCAUCUGCACACAGUCCCCCAAGGGCGUAGAGGAGACUGUGGCCUGGAUCCUGCCCUUCACCUCGGGCGGCUUCCUCUACAUCGCCCUGGUGAACGUGCUGCCCGACAUCCUGGAGGAAGAUGACCCGUGGCAGUCCCUGCAGCAGGUGCUCCUGCUCUGCGCGGGGAUCGUGGUGAUGGUGCUGUUCUCGCUCCUGGUGGAGUAGCCGUCCCGGCGCCCGCCCGCCCGCCUGCCACCGCAAUAAGACACUCGAUUUACUCUGUGACCGUGUGUGAGGGCAGAGAGGGCGAGUGUCUGAGCCAGUGAGCCUCCAACCAACCAGAGGAUGCUGUGGGCACGUGUGUGUGUGUGUGUGUGUGUGUGUGUCAGAGGUGUGUGAGACCGACACUGUGAUCCCUCCUGCCCAGGGCCCAGUGCCCACGCCCGCCCCAGCCACACUGUGGUCCCCUCUCCUGGCCACCCUGCCAUCCUGCACCUCCCAGAGAGAGCAGUGAGGAAGCCAGCGCUGGUCCCAAGCAGAGGCCUCUCCCCACGACCCCCAGGAGAGCGAAGGGAAGCCCCAGCAGCCCCUGGUGCAGGGAACCCCAGAGCUGCCCCCCUGGGCCUCACAGGUCCCUGGCCGAGAGAGGGAACCCCUCUGCUCACGCACCGAGGCUGAGGCUGGGGUGAACUCCGCUGCAUCCAUGGUCGUGGCCCUCCCUUCGCCAUCUCUACAGCCAAAGAGAGGAGAGGCAGGUGCUCUUGCAGCCCCCAGCCCCACUCAGCACUGACAGUCCCACCCUCCCAGCCUGAAGCCGCGAGAUGCUUCCUCAGACCGGGGCCAGCUCCCCCCCCCAUCCCCCCCAGUGAACGCUCCGUGGCAGCACCAGCCGCUCUUGCCACCUCCGGCUGCCAAACAGCAGCCGGCAGUGCAGCCAGCAGCCCUGGGCCAGGGAGACCGCCCGGGCCAGCUCAGGGUAGCUUGCGCCAGCACAGGGGCCAGGCAGACGUCCUGGGGGCAGGAAGAGAGAGUGGUUCGCGGCUGCCCUCCCUGCUCAGGCCCCUGUUAGGUGGGGGUGGCGAGGGCUCCGUGUAGUCAGCACACGGGAAUGUGCUCUGGGAGAAUGCUGAAGUCAUAAUCCCCAGCUAUUUCCCUUGGCUGGCGCCCAGGUACUCAGCUGGCCCGCUCCGCAGCCAGGCCCAGCCCAGCUGCUCGACCUCGGACAUUCUCAGAAGCGGCCAUAAGAGGGUCGGAAUGGUUUCACGGCAGUUUUGCUGAUUCCAUUUGUAUCUGUAAAUACUUGUUCUAUAUAUAAAAUGCAAAUAAAUAUUAUACACA